AUGUCUACCUCAAGUGCGCUGUCACGCACAGAGAAAUGGAGUCUACUAGCUCUUGUGGGGGCCGGUGUAUCGAUCCUGUACGCGACGUUCCAGGAUGAUGGUGCGCCUCUAAUGGCUUCAAUUGCUAUGGUUGGCAUUGUGUUUGCAGCGGCCUUCAGCUUGAUAAAAUGGCUUGGACCGGUGUUUCUGAAAGCAGGUCUAAAGGGAAAAGACAUGGCAAAGCCAAGACGGCCCGAGAUUCCUGAGACCAUGGGAGCAGUCUGCGCCGUGGUGUAUCUGAUGGCAUUGAUUAUUUUCAUUCCGUUUGCCUUCUACAAGGAUAUCGUGGCAGCCACAUCUGGCGGCGGAAACCGCGACGUUGUGAUUGAAACACAGCAUGUUGAAAACGGUCGAUACCUGCACCGUUUCCCGCAUGGAAAGCUCGCAUCUUAUCUCUCUGGUCUUUUGUCUUUGCAAUCUGUUGUGAUUCUCGGCAUCGGCGAUGACCUGUUCGAUAUUCGCUGGAGACACAAAGUCCUAAUCCCUGCUUUCUCCUCCAUCCCCAUGCUGAUAGUGUAUUUCGUUGACUUUGGCGUCACGCAAGUCGUCGUUCCGGUGCCGUUGCAACCCUACCUGGGUGACGUUGUUGAACUGGGAUGGCUGUACUACAUGUACAUGGCAGCCGUGGCAAUCUUCUGUCCAAAUUCCAUCAACAUGCUGGCAGGUAUCAAUGGUAUUGAGGUUGCCCAAUCACUGGUUAUUGCUGUUCAACUCUUGUUCAAUGAUGCAAUGUACCUGGCACCUGUUACGCCAUACCCGCACCCCGCCACCGACUCCCAUUUGUUGUCAAUUUACUUCUUGCUCCCAUUUAUUGGAGUCUCGGCAGCUCUUCUAUGUCACAAUUGGUAUCCAUCAAAGGUCUUUGUGGGAGAUACCUACUGCUACUUUGCCGGAAUGGUAUUUGCCGUGGUUGGUAUCUUAGGGCAUUUCAGCAAAACCUUAUUGCUGCUUUUUAUCCCACAAAUCUUCAACUUUUUGUACUCGACACCUCAGUUAUUCAAGCUGAUCCCCUGUCCUCGCCACCGACUUCCAAAAUUCAGCGCCUCCACUGGGCUCCUGGACGCUUCUGUCACAGAGUGGACCGAACCUCCCUCGCCUUUGGUCGAUGCUGGGCUGCGCCUCUUGCACACUCUAAAACUAGUGCGGGUCAUUGAAGAUGAGUCUGGCCGAAUUACGGAAUCAUCUAACCUCACCAUUCUGAACCUUUGGCUAGUAUGGAUGGGCCCUAUGAGAGAAGACCAACUGGCGUGGCAUAUGGUUGCAGUGCAAACUUUCUGCGGGAUGCUCGGUUUGUUUGUCCGACAUCGGCUUGCAUUACUCGUGUUCCACCACGACAACCGUGAAUUCGGUUUCAUCGCAUAG